GACUUUGAAUGUGCCUCUGCGGCCACCGUACUUGUUUUUACAGGGAAACACAACUUCACUCAGUGCUAACCGCUAGCUUAGGUAAAGAAAUGGCUGAAUAUUCUCACGUAAAAUCAUCCAAGCUGGUUUUGAAAGGUCUAAACAAAGGGAAAAAGAAGAAAAAUAAAGAUAAGAAGAGAAAGGCGGCAGAUGAUGAAGAAAAACCUGAUGUCGUUGGUGGUUGGUGGUCUGUCAGUAGCUUUGGGGAAAUGACUGGAACAGUUGCCAUAGAGAUGCAGAACAACUCGUACAUCCAUGCCCUGGAUACUGGUCUCUUCACACUUGGUGCUCCACACAAAGAUGAUGAAGGACCAGACCCUCCAGAGCAGUUUACCGCCAUCAAGCUCUCAGACACAAGGAUAGCCUUGAAGUCCGGAUAUGGCAAGUACAUCGGUAUCAACUCGGACGGUCUGGUGGUGGGGCGGUCCGAUGCUAUUGGCUCCAGGGAACAAUGGGAACCCGUUUUUCAGGAUGGCAAAAUGGCUCUCCUGGCAGCAAAUAGCUGUUUCAUCUCCUACAGUGACAGCGGGGACAUCGAGGCCAAGAGCAAGACAGCAGGGGACGGCGAGAUGGUGAAGAUCAGAUCAUGUGCGGAACGAGAGGUCAAGCGUAAAGAUGACAUUGCAGAUGAAGACCGGGGCAACGUGAAGUCCUGUGAGGUCAAUUAUGUGAAGAAGUUUCAGAGUUUUCAAGAUCGGCGGCUCAGGGUUAAUGAGGACGACCCCACCAAGCUAAAGAAGGCCAGAACAGAGGGAAAGUUUCAUGAAGCUUUGCUUGACAGGAGGAGCAAAAUGAAAGCAGACAGGUACUGCAAGUGAAGAUCCAAUUUUUGUAGAUUACUGGCAUGUCUUUGUAAAUGUCUUGGUUCUAAAGAUUUGGCCGUUUGAUGUACUUUUUAGUUUGUUUUUAUAUUUUGAAUAAACAUGACGUGGUCAAAUCA